AUGCGGCAUGUAUGUGAUCGGAGAGUUCGCCGGAAAAAAAGGGGAACUCGAUCUUCUACAAGUAAAUUCACCGACCUACAAAUGAGGAACACGGUGGCUUUAUUGGUACUACUUUUGGCCACAACGGCAAUCGUCUGUCGGAGUUCGGAAGAACAAGGCGAUGCGAAGGACAGCUCGUCCUGGACUGAUUGGGCCAUGGCUAAAGUUACCGGGGUAUUUAAUGGCGAUAAAAUGAAGGAAACGGCUAAGAAUGCUGCGAAUCAAGCUAGCGACACUGCAUCUGGAUCGUCAAGCUAUGUGAGUGAAAAGGCUAUCGAGGCCGAAGACGCAGCCGCCGAGGCUGCAAAAAAGCUUUCCGACGACAAGGGGUCUGGUCGUUAAGCAUCUACAGGGACCAAAAUUUCAUUUUAUUUCAAUAAAAGACAAGGAAUCGAAGAUGGAAACUGUGCAACGCCCGCUCGGUUUCCCCCAACUUGAGGUCCGUCUUUCGUGAAAGCCUAUGGAAUGAUCGGAACACAAUAAGCACAAACGAGCGUAAUGUGUUCCGUUGGUGAGACCCCAUACACCGAUUGAAGCACAAUGUAUAUCCAUCAUCAAAGUCGUCUGACCCGGUCUAACUCGAGGGUCAAUCAAACAUAUACAGCAUGUUCCACUCGGAAGUAGGGUAUGGGUGGGAUUAAGGUUGUAAACGAGCCGAGUUGAGUAGUAGGUUAUUCAAGCUAAAUUAAUAUCAGGCUCGAGCUUGAAUAACUUUU